UUUUCAUUUUGAUACUCACGGAGAGAAUUUUGGGGAGAUCCACAAACUACUUACGAGAGUUUGUACGAAACGCAUCAUGCUUCAACAGCGGCAAGCGAAAGCGACCGUGCUUACUACUCUGGGCCUGGCGAUAGUCGCAGCACUCGCCCACACCUCGAGCGGCGAUGGCCAAGUGCCAGAGACGUUCGCCUGGGAUGGGCGGCUGCUGGCCGCGGUCAAGGCGCGGGUGUUGAAGGGUGAUGUCGACCUCAAGCCAGCCGUGGAGGCGCUCAUGCACUCUGCGGACAGCGUCGUGAAAGCCGAUACGUCCAAGCUCACCGUCAUGGCAAAGAACUUCACGCCACCUAGUGGAACCAAACACGACUACAUGAGUGUGGCAAUCUACUACUGGCCAUGUAACAGUCCAAAGUUUCCCCCACCCUUUCCGAAAGGGUGCAAUACUACAACCGGCCUGCCAUGGGUUUCUCAUGAUGGCGUGGUGGACUCUGAAGCAGUGGAUAAGUUCGACUCUGUACCGUUGGGCAAGAUGCAGGCAGCUGUAACUACGUUGGGCCUGGCAGCGUACAUGUUUGACAAUGAGACGUAUGCUGAGCAUGCAAUGGACAUCAGCAACCAGUGGUUCUUGGACCCGGCGACUAGGAUGAAUCCAAACCUGAACUUUGCCGCAUUUCGUCCGGGAAUAAACGAGGGGGAUGCCAGUGGGAUAAUCGGCACCGUACGUUGGGUCCACCUUGUUGAUGCAUUUCAGCUUCUGAAGAUGUCAAAGAGUUUUGCGGAGCAGUUGGACCUGGAAACUUGGUUCGGGGGCUAUAGUGCCUGGCUAACGGACAGCAAGCUUGGAAUGGGAGAGUCACACGCGAAGAAUAACCAUGGCACAUGGUACGAUGCUCAGCUUCAGAACUAUGCCCUCUACUCGAGAAAGCCCAGCGUAGCCAAGACCGUAGCACAAGCGGCGGCUGCAAAGCGAAUCGACACACAGAUACUACCCACAGGCCAGAUGCCUCUUGAGGAAGGCCGUACCAAGUCCUGGUCUUACACUGACUACAAUCUGCAGGCCUUCUUCAACCUUGCCACCUCAGCCUUGCACUCCGACGUCAAUCUGUUCACGUACGUUAGCAGUGAUGGGCGCAGCAUCCGCAAGGCUGUGGAGUACAUCAUCCCCUAUAUGUUAGGAGAGAAAACAUGGCCAUACAAGCAGAUCGAGCCCUUCAAGUACUCCAGCUUAUUCGAGGUGUUUCGUCGCUCCGCCAUUGCCUUCCAGAACUCGACAUUUGAAAACAUCAUCGAGAAAGUCAGCAACGAAACACUGUCCAAUAACGUCGUUAAUCUUCUCUUUCCAAAGGCGGCUAUACCUGGCUUUGAUGCGAUGAGCACACCAGUUGUUCUCCCAGGCCAUGAUGAUGAUCACUAUCGCCAUAGGAACACACAAAGAAGGGAUGACUGGGUACCAGAUGGCUACGCUAGACUGGAAAAUGGGAUGAUCCUACCAACUGCUUUUCUCUACAAAACACCAUAUUAGAUAUUGACAAUGGCCCAAAACAUUUGAUAAUUCUAAAAUUGAUUACAUUUUACUUUUGAAGUACACAUGGUAUUUACAUGACUAGAAGUACUAGUACUACUAGCCUCAGUAGUAGUCAGGACUUGGUUCAGAUGUUG